AUGGACAUAACAGUCCUGCCGAACAACAAUCAUCCAGAGAAAUUCCUGCAGCUGGAUGUGGGAAUGCUGCCAGUCACACAUGGGAUGUUUCAGAUCGGUGCUGCGCUCUCUCGACAGAGACAAUGGCACAACCGCAUGUAUUCACAGGUAAAUCAUGUCUCUUAUCAUGACAGAACAUGGCAUCCGUCAGCAGAUGGCGGUGGUGUGUUUAGAGACAGAGAGCUGGAGAAACACAUCACUCCACAAACUCUGAAACCCAACAUCAAACAGAAUCCUCUUUAUGCCCACAUCAGCAUCAUCAACAACACAGAGGAGAACAACAAAUCCAAACCAUCCUGGACCAUUAAGGAAUAUGACAGACACACUGCACACGGACAGCUGGGAGACUACAUGAAGGAAGACCCAAGAGAGCUAAACUUCUGGCUGGAAGAUCUCUACACCCCCGGCUACGAUUCUCUGCUCAAGAAGAAAGAAGCCGAACUGAGAAGAAAGAAGAUUUGUAAAAUAUUAUCAUCUGUCAUUUUGUUGGUUUGUGUUAUUGUGAUCAUUAUAACUGUGCCAAUUUUGAUAACUCAAUCUAAAGACUGACGGGAAUGAAA